UACAUACCUGAAUGGAAAUCAAAGCUGGCGACGCAAGUUUGAUCGAUAGAAAUUGUUCAAUGCGCCAAUGUUUUUGGCUGUAUAGAAGUAGCAGCAACAGCAAAAUCACACAUAGUGUCUAAGUGAACAAGCGCGUCAAGUAGCAGAUAUGGAGGAGCUACAGGAUAGUAGUAUACACCACAUGACUGCAAAAGUAAUUGCUGCCAUUAAGAAUGCCAAAUGCUAUGAGCCAAUCUACAAGGAGUUACAGCGUCUCGUUGCCAGUCCCAGCGUCGACAAGAACGACAUGCGCAACACGCUGGAGGAUGCCAUCAAGGCGGCCGGCCUGGAGACAGAGAUACGCAAUAUGAUAUUCAAUUUGGUGCGCAGUCGCUUGAAGAAGAUCGAUGCACCAGAUGUGCGACAAACGACGAAAUCAUUGCAGAGCGAUCCGUUGAGCUAUCUGAAACGGGCCGGCGUCCUGUGGGAUCGGCGUGUGAGAAAGAGUCUAAACGCCAUGUGUGGAGAGCUGAAGGUGCCGCUGCAUGGUCAGCCGCGCAUCAGCGCCGAUCGCGAGGAUUUCGUUGCCAAAUGGAAUGAGCUCAGCAACUACAACAUGGAUCUAGCAAGUUAUCGCCCUGUAUAUGCGCCCAAGGAUUUGCUGGAGGUUUUGCUCUCGCUCAAGGGACCCACAAGACCCAAUGAGGACAACGAUCAAAUACCCCAAUGGGAGUUCUCGCAUAUUGCGCUGCCUGUGAAAAAUCUGUUCGAUCUGCGUACACAUUAUGCGGAUCUCUUGCGCAACGAUCCUUACAACAUCCACGACUCGGCGGUCCAGUGCCAGAUUAUUCUGGAUAGCAAGCUCGCGCCAAUGUGUCAGCAGUACUUAAAGAAGGGCUGUACGCCAGCUCCCUAUCGUGGAGCCCUUUGGGCAGCUGUGCUUGAUAGCAAGCUGCACGACUACGACAUCGAGAACUGGCAAAAGCUGCGCAACAGCGUUUGGACCACCGAUCAUAUUGUCGAUAAGCUUGUCUUCAAGGACAUACAGCUGACGGCUUCGAACGAUGAUCAGUAUUUCGUAUUCGAGGACGUGCUGUAUCAGGUGCUCUUGUGCUUCUCCCGGGACACGGAUAUUGCCAACUGUGUGGAGUAUGAAACGUUUCCGGUGAAGGGCAAGACCUAUGAGGGGCCGCCGUCGGGCGUGGUGCCGUUUCAUGGCAUCUGCAUGUUCGCUGCACCCUUUUGCUACCUGUACGAUUCGCCCGUGUGCCUAUAUUAUACAUUUCGUGCCUUUUACAUACGGUAUUGCCAUCGAUUGACCACGAUCAACACGCAUCCGCAGGGCAUUGUUAGCCUGUGCCUUCUAUUCGAGAAGCUGCUGCAGACCUACGAGCCUCAGCUGUGGUCGCACUUUCGUGAGCUUCAGAUACAGCCUCUCAGAGUUGUCUUCAAAUGGCUGAUGCGCGGCUUCUCAGGCCAUCUGCCACCGGAUCAAUUGCUCGUUCUAUGGGACUUGAUUCUUGGCUAUGAUAGCCUGGAGAUCUUGCCACUAUUUGCCAUUAUAAUAUUAAGCUUUCGCAAGGAUAGCUUAAUGCAGGUGUCUUCACUUGACAGCAUCGAGUCAAUUUUGGCUGAUUUAUCGUCUAUAAAGGUCUUGCCAUUAGUACAAUUGGCGUUGAGUCGCGACUAGGUGUAUGCUUCUUCCUCUACAAAUUUAAAGUACGAAGUUAUCGAUAAAUUAGACACACUUAUCGAUAAUUUAAUAAAAAUUUAACUUGUUUUAUUUGCUGUAUGCCGCGCCUGUGUGUUAAAGAGUCGCGUCAAGAUAUUACCAAUGCUCCAGAAGGACUCCAUGUUCAGAGAGUUUUUAUUUGAAAUAUACCAAAGGAGUGU